CAUUGAGACUGCAGGCAGGCAGUACAGAUCGGAGGCAGCGACCCGACACCGGUUGGUCAGCGGUGGGGAUUAUGACCACAGUAGCCCAAUUUAAGGGAAGCUACUUCGCUGGACUUUUUAUGCAAACUUAGCUGUACGCGUCUUGUAUUAUCAAUAAACCAGUGGUUUAAGUACGACAUAAGUGAAGUUUGAAGACUGAGCUCGAAAAUGUCUGUGGUGGGAUUUGACUUGGGUUUUCAAAGCUGCUACGUAGCUGUAGCCCGAGCCGGUGGGAUCGAGACAAUCGCCAACGAGUUCAGCGACAGAUGCACACCGUCAUUUGUCUCAUUUGGACCACGAAGUCGAUCUAUAGGAGCUGCUGCGAAGAGCCAGGUGGUGACCAACUGUAAGAACACAGUUCAGGGCUUCAAGCGAUUCCAUGGCAGGGCCUUCUCCGAUCCCUAUGUUCAGUCGGCCAAGUCCAACCUGGUGUACGACCUUGCGCAGAUGCCCUCUGGAUCGACUGGUAUUAAGGUGAUGUAUAUGGAGGAGGAGAGGUUGUUCAGCGUGGAGCAGGUGGCCGGCAUGCUGCUGACCAAGUUGAAGGAAACUGCUGAGAGCGACCUGAAGAAACCAGUGGCCGACUGCGUCAUCUCUGUUCCCUGCUAUUUCACCGACACAGAGAGAAGGUCUGUCAUGGACGCUGCCCAGAUCGCCGGCCUCAACUGUCUGCGACUAAUGAACGAGACCACAGCGGUGACUCUGGCUUAUGGCAUCUACAAGCAGGACCUGCCAGGUCUGGAAGAGAAGCCCAGGAUUGUUGUGUUUGUUGAUGUGGGCCACUCUGGUUACCAGGUGUCGGUUUGUGCCUUCAACACGGGAAAGCUUAAGAUCCUGGCAACGGCGUUUGACUCAGAGCUGGGUGGGAAGGACUUUGACGACAUCCUGGUGAAUUACUUCUGCGAGGACUUCGCCAAGAAGUACAAACUGGAUGUCCGGUCCAAGCCUCGCGCGCUGGUGCGUCUCUACCAGGAGUGUGAGAAGCUUAAAAAGCUGAUGAGUGCCAACUCGUCCGACCUUCCCCUCAACAUCGAGUGUUUCAUGAAUGACAUUGACGUGUCCAGUAAGCUCAACAGAGGUCAGUUUGAGGAGAAUUGUGCGGGGCUGGUGGCCAAAGUGGAGGCUCCCCUGCGCAGCGUCAUGGAACAAGCUAAGUUGAGGAAAGAAGACGUGUACGCAGUGGAGAUCGUCGGCGGCGCCUCCAGAAUUCCCGCCAUCAAAGAGCGCAUCAGCAAGUUCUUCGGCAAAGAGCUGAGCACCACUCUGAAUGCAGACGAGGCCGUGGUCAGGGGCUGUGCACUGCAGUGUGCCAUUUUGUCUCCAGCCUUCAAAGUCAGAGAGUUCUCCAUCACGGACGUUGUCCCUUAUUCCAUCUCUAUUAAAUGGAACUCUGCAGCAGAGGAAGGACAGAGCGAUUGUGAAGUUUUCCCAAAAAACCACGCGGCUCCCUUCUCCAAAGUGUUGACCUUCUAUCGGAAGGAGGCCUUCGUCCUUGAAGCAUACUACAAAAACCCCAAGGAGCUGUCGUACCCCAGCACCUCCAUAGGGCAGUUCCUGAUCCAAAACGUGGUCCCUCAGUCGUCUGGAGAGAGUGCCAAGGUGAAGGUCAAAGUUCGAGUCAACAUUCACGGCGUGUUUAGCGUGUCUAGCGCCUCCCUAGUAGAGGUGCUGAAAGCGACAGAUGGAGAGGAGCCGAUGGAAACCGAUCAGACUGUGAAGGAUGAGGAGGGUCGCGGGCGUCAUGGAGCCUAUCCCAGCUAUCAUCGGGCAGGAGGCGGGGUACACCAUGAACAGAGCAAAAUGCAAGUAGACCAGGAAGAUCAAAAAGCAGUGCCGGGUGGAGACAAGAAAGGUGACACAGAAGAGAUGGAGAUGAUGACGGAGGAAGGCAAACAAGAGAAGAAGAACGAGCCUCAGGCAAAGAAGCCCAAAGUGAAAACAAAGACUGUGGAGCUGCCCAUCGAGACCAAUUUGUGCUGGCAGCUGUCCACUGAUGUGAUAAAUAUGUUUGUGGAGAAUGAGGGCAAGAUGAUAAUGCAAGACAAGCUGGAGAAGGAGAGGAAUGACUCGAAAAACAACGUGGAGGAGUAUGUAUACGACAUGAGAGACAAGUUGUUUGGCCCCUUGGAGAAGUUUGUCAAUGAAGCGCAUCGUGAUGCAUUCUCAUUAAAACUUGAGGACACAGAGACUUGGCUGUAUGAGGAUGGAGAGGACCAACAGAAGCAAGUUUACAUUGAUAAACUGGCAGAACUGAAGAUAAUUGGGCAACCUAUUGUUGAGAGAGCCAUGGAAGCUGAGGAGCGGCCGAGGGCAUUUGAGGAGCUGGGCAGGCAAGUCCAAAUGUACAUGAAGAUCCUCAACGCCUACAAGGCAAAGGACGAAGAGUAUACACACUUAGACGAGCUGGAAGUGACCAGUGUGGAGAAGCAGGUGAACGAUGCCAUGGCGUGGAUGAACAACAAGAUGAAUCUGCAAAACAAUCAGGACCUCACGCUGGACCCGGUGGUCAAAGUCAGCGAGAUCCACGCCAAGUCCAAGGAGCUUUACUCUGCGUGCAACCCUGUCCUGUCGAAGCCAAAGCCCAAGCCAAAGGUGGACCCGCCAAAGGAGAAGACCAACAACGGGCCCACCAACGGGCAGGAGGGAACGACAGACGGCCAGCCUUCCGACUCGGACAAAAUCCCACCCGCGGGCACAGAGCAGAGAACGGCGGAGAACAAGCCCCCUGAAAUGGACAUUGACUAACUUUUUGCGCUAUUUGCCCCGAUUACGUUGCACUUGUGAGGAUGCAGCAGCGUUCCCUUAUCAGUACUACUCAUCGACUUGUUCUAUUUCUUCGUGACUUCAAACUAGUUCAUCUGUAAUGUUCACACUGGGAUACAUGAAUAUGUUUGCAGUAUAUCUUGUCAAGAGACAAGUUGAAGAAUCUGGAUUGUUCUGAGUUCGACGUCACGUGCAUUUUUAUCCACUUUAAAGUGCUGAAUGUUUUUUUUUUGUAUUUAGAUUUAAAAGGACAGACGCAGCAUUUCAUUCGUUGUAUGGCUUUUCUCAUUCAUUUACAGUGUAAGAAUCUUCACUGGUUUGUUUUUUUCUGCAUAAUGCUCGCCCAGGUGCUGCUGUUGUUGCUACAUCAUUAAAAAAGCAAAUAAUAAACCUCGUUCAAAAGGU